CGAAUGAAAUGUUAGAUUGGUAUACUGUCGCAGUAACACCAGCAAAGGGGACCAGGAUGUAAGCAUCAAAACAUACACAAGAAAACUCGUGUCUCACCUAGGUUACAUUUUAAUACUGGGAAAGGCGUGACGUCACGCCUUACAAAUAACGUGGACACGCUGAGAGGCACGAGCGCUUUGGCGGUAAUUGAUCUGUACGCCAGUGUGACAGUAGUUUGACAUGCACUGAUCGAGCUGCAUUAUGGAGGGAUCCGUGAGCUCACGGCUCGUCAAGGUGUUCGCCGGGGUCGCGAUCGCUUUCACCGCGACCGUCCUGAUGCACGUGCGAGACCCCUCCGACGUGCUGUUGGACAGCGGUUACGGUUAUCCCGAGCUGUGGCGGAAAACCGGCCUGGCCGGAGCUCCGGCGCGUGCUGCGGCGUGCAUCCUGGCAGGCGCAGUGCUUCUGGCUGCGGGCUGGCUCUACCGGCUCCUGUUCGCUCCUCUGGAGCUGCUGCGGAGUCCGGACGAGGUGGGAUAUGUGGCGGAGGACGGGCGCUCCCGAGCGCGUGCGGCCAACGAAGUGCGGCGGAGGCGCAAGACCGGGGAAUUGCCUCCGGUUUACCCGAACGGCUGGUAUCGGAUCCUGGACUCGCACAUGCUGGAACGCGGAGACGUCAAGAGCGUGACCGUGUUGGGUGAGCAGGUGGCUGUGUUUCGGGGUCAGGAUGGGAAAGCCUAUGUGUUGGAUGCCUACUGCCCCCAUCUAGGGGCCAACCUGGCUGUAGGGGGCCGAGUGAUGGGCAACUGUAUAGAAUGUCCCUUCCAUGGAUGGCAGUUUCGAGGAGAGGAUGGGAAGUGUGUCAGGAUCCCAUAUGCUGAAAAAGUGCCGGAGUUUGCUAAGGUGCGCUGCUGGCCGAGCUGUGAGAUUAACGAGCAGAUCUUGGUUUGGUUCCACUGUGAUGGAGAAGAACCAGGCUGGAUGGUUCCUGAGCAGAAAGAGAUCACCAAUGAGGAGUGGGUUUACCGCGGACGCACGGAGCACUUCAUCAAUGCUCACAUAGAGGAGAUACCAGAGAACGCUGCAGAUAUCGCUCACCUGGCCCAUCUCCACACACCAGGUAUCGUGAGUGGUGUGGACCUCCGUUACACCAACAGUAAGACUUGGGAGUUCAUCCGCCAUGACUGGAAGGUGGAAUGGAAUCCAGAGCCAGAGCCCAAUAAGCAUUGUUCUCAAAUGUUGGUGAAGCACGCUCUGACUGUAUUCGGACGCCACUGGCCUCUCUUGGACGUGAAUGUGGUGGCCAGACAGGUCGGUCCAGGUGUGGUGUUCCUGCUGUUUAAUCACAACUUCUUGGGUCGUGGUGUGAUCUUACACUGUGUGACCCCAGUGGAGCCGCUGCUGCAGUGUGUGUCACACACCAUCUUCUACCAGAGCAACAUUCCUCCACUAGUGCCAAAAUUCAUCCUGCGAGCAGAGUGUAUUCAGUUUGAGCGGGAUGUGAUGAUUUGGAACAAUAAGAAGUACGUCUCGAAACCAUUGCUGGUGAAAGAGGACUCAGCCAUCCAAAAACACAGGCGCUGGUAUAGUCAGUUCUACAGUGAGAACAGCCCACGUCUGCGCUUCCAACAUGACACACUGGACUUCUGAUCAAACACAUGGCCUGAACUCAAGAUGUUAUGCAGUUGUUCACUCAAAUGAUGAGGACAGGAUGCUUGCAGUGGACCUGACCAAUGAAAGAAGAAGAAGAAGAAGAAAAAAAAGAAUUUCCCAGUCCUGAAACACAUUAACGCAUUAUAUCAAGUUGCUCUGAGUAAGAUGAGCCCCUGAUCUAAAAAUAUUAAAACGUCCCACAAUCAGAACUGAAAAUCUCCAAAACCCAAGAUGAUGCCAUGAUGGUAGCCACUUAUUUCCUUCCAUUUUUAAGGACCAUGCUGUCCUUGUUGAAGUGCCUGAGAGGACUGUGAAUCAUUGAGCAAGUGCUAACUUUCUCUCUCUCUCUCUCUAUGAGAAUCAAUGUAGCUGGACUUUAUUGCACUGUAAUCAGGGGAAUUCAGCACAAUCACAACACAUCACAGACCGAAGAGCUCUUCCAGCCAAUGCAAGCAAUAACAGCCGACGGGCCAGAAGACGAACUGAAGCCACAAGACCCAAUCAUUUCUACACUGUGAAUCAAGAGGAUGUCCUCUUGGUAUUACUGAAAUACCAAAUUGGUGCACCAGUCUCUGUAAUGACAUAAAAACACAGUCUCAUUGAUUCAAAGAAGUGUGUAUCAUGAAUGAUCCUAUACACGCAUCACUGUAUGAUAAAGCUUGACACUGCU